AUGCAAUAUCUCCCCCAGGGACUUCAAGAUAUUUCUAGUACUGGAAAUAUGGACAAAUGUGACAAUUAUACUACAAUCAAUUUACCAGAUAUUGAAGAUCCUGGGUCCAUUGGUCAGAGUCUGGCAGAAGAGGGAGUUAGAUCAGAUCAGAGAAUACAACUGCAGAAAAGAGAAGAGUCUAAGCCUGGCUUGCCAGGGGAUAAGAUCCAGUUGAAGGAAUUAGGAGGAGGUCCCUACCCACGCAGCCUGACCUUGCGCCUCAAAUGCCUAACCUCUGGCUUCCAAUUCAAGACAAGUGUAUUAGGCUGGUACCUUUGGGACCCUGGACUUCCCCCUCGGUGGCUAUCCAGCCUUGACCAUACAUCCUCAAAAACCAAUGAACAUCGUAUAAUCUCCUCCAGGGAGGACAACAGCAGCCAGAUUUUCCUUCAGAUUAAAGGCCUGGGCCUUGGGGACUCUGGCCAUUAUCACUGUGCAAGGAGGGUGGGUGAUGGAAGUGACACAGACAAGCUUGUCUUUGGCCCUGGGACAGAUGUGACUGUGGAGCCUGGACCUCGGGCUCCUCUGUCACCCAAUGUGUUCCUGAUGAGGAGUCAGGAUGCUGUGGCCUGCUUGAUCAGUGACUUCUAUCCCAAGGAACUCCAUGUGUCCCUGGCCUCCCCUAAGGCUUCAGUCUCAGCCCAGGCCCUCACUGUGACGCCCACAGCUCAUGGCACCUAUAGCGCCAUCCAGAUUGGCAGGGUUGGUGAGAAUGACUCAGUAACCUGCUCAGUGCAGCACCUUGGGAAAGAGACCCUUGUGUCCUUCCAGGCAGACCUUGUGAAGUUGCAACCAUCUCAUCCUGAUCAGGAGUUUACAGAACUCAUGCAGAGGAAUAAGCUACUCUUCAUUGUCCUGAACCUGAGACUACUGUUUAUGAAGAUUGUAGCCAUUAGUGUCCUGUUCACGAUAGUUUUGAUCUUCUGAGGUGGUGAUUUAAUCUCACCCUUUCUUCUCCUACAGCUCUUCUCUUUUGAUUCCAUUAAUUCUUUUCUCCUACCUGUUCUCUUAUGCUUCCAUUCUUCCCUCAUCCUUUAUAAGUUUGUGGAUAAAUUUCAGGAGGUUUUUUUUUUUUUUUAAUUUAUUUUAAAAACAUUCCGAUAGCUGCA